AUGAAGGAGGAUUUAGUGGAUGAGGAGGAGAAUGUGCAGCAGAGAAGUGGAGAAUCCAUUUUCCCCGGCAGCGAGAACCUUUUCAUCAUCCUGGAGCCAAUACCCUCCCAAGGCAGGUUCCUGGACCCUGUAACCGGAGAAGGCACAUCUGGCAAAGAACAGACAUUGCACAAGCCAAUGUACCUGCUGCUCAGCAUGCUGGCACUCACAGACAUCACCACGUGUUCCUUGGUUGUGCCAAAGGCACUGUGUAUAUUUUGGUUCAAUUUGAAAAGCAUUACUGUGGGUGGGUGUCUCACCCAGAUGUUCUUCCUUCACACGGUUUCUUUUACGCAGUCGGCCAUCCUCGUGACAAUGGCCUUUGAUCGCUAUGUUGCCAUAUGUAACCCUCUGAGAUACACCACCAUCCUCACCAAUGCACGAGUCACUAAGUUAGGGAUUGUAGGUUUGAUAAGGUCUGCUCUCUUCAUCCUGCCUCUGCCCCUGAUCUUGAGUAGGCUGCCAUUCUGUGCCAACCUCAUCAUCCACCAAACGCACUGUGAGCACAUGGCUGUGGCGAAGUUAUCGUGUGGGGACAUCACAGUCAGCAGGAUGUACAGCUUGGUUAUGGCAUUUGUAGUCAGCGGGAUAGACCUGAUGCUCAUUGCCCUCUCCUAUGGUCUGAUCAUCAGGGCCAUCCUAAAAAUGUCCUCAAAGAAAGCCCACCAGAAAGCCCUCAACACCUGCACAGCCCACAUCUGUGUGAUGCUUACAACUUAUACUCCUGGGCUCUUCGCCAGCCUGACACACCGGUUUGGUCAGGGCAUCGCUCCCCAUGUUCACAUCAUCUUGGCCAACCUCUAUUUCCUCAUCCCGCCCAUGCUCAACCCUAUCAUUUAUGGAGUCAAAACCAAAGAGCUUCGUGACAAAGUGGGCAAAUACACCAGCAGAAUGUGCUCUUGGGGCCACUGA